UGAGCCAUUAACUCCUUUUAGUUUAAGUGUGCAGGGAAGCUGAAACGCUGCAGAGUGCUGUUGAGCAAGACAAGUGAGGAAUGAGCCAGCCCUGGGAAAGAGGACCUGCCAUCCUAGCUGCAGACAUCUGAAGAGAGCACCUUCCAGUCUUGUGGCAUGCUUCAGUAGGCAUUAUUCAGAGGAGGAUGGCUGGCUGUGGAGAAAUCGAUCACUCCAUCAACAUGCUCCCCAGCAACAGGAAGGCAAACGAGCCGUGUGCUGGCGCAGCGCCCUCCCUGGCCGUGCCCGAGUGCGCCAUCUGCCUGCAGACCUGUGUGCACCCAGUCAGCCUGCCCUGCCGGCACGUCUUCUGCUACCUGUGCGUGAAGGGAGCCUCCUGGCUGGGCAAGCGCUGUGCCCUCUGCAGGCAGGAGAUCCCGGAGGACUUUCUGGACAAGCCAACCCUGCUGUCCCCAGAGGAACUCAAAGCGGCCAGCAGAGGCAACGGCGAAUACGCUUGGUACUACGAAGGGAGAAACGGUUGGUGGCAGUACGAUGAACGUACCAGCAGGGAGCUGGAGGAUGCCUUUUCCAAGGGCAAAAAGAGCACCGAGAUGCUCAUUGCUGGGUUUUUGUACGUGGCAGACCUGGAGAACAUGGUGCAGUACCGGAGGAACGAGCACGGCCGCCGGCGGAAAAUCAAAAGGGACAUCAUAGACAUACCAAAGAAGGGGGUGGCUGGGCUGAGGCUGGACUGUGACACUGUCAACCUGGCACGAGAGAGCUCUGCUGACGGUGCAGACAGCACGGCCGCGCCGGGGGCCGCGGCUCUGCAGCCCCUGGCAGCCAUCUCUGCCCGGCCUCUGCCGUCGCUGGGCGGGCAGCUGAUGAGUCCUUCCACCCCAUCGCCGGACGCCAGCGAUUCCCUGGAGAACUCUUUUGCCCACUUGCAAAUCAAUGGAGACAGUAUGGCUGAAAGGAGUCACAGGGGAGAGGGAGAAGAAGACCACGAAUCCUCAUCUUCUGGUAGGGUGCCAGCCCCUGACACCUCCGUGGAGGAGACCGAAUCAGAUGCUAGCAGUGAUAGCGAGGAUGUGUCUGCCCCGCUCCAGCAGCGCCUGCCCCUGGGGCAGCAGAGACACUCGAGUGCAAGCCAGCCAGGAGCGGAUAGACCAGGGGCAGGGGGCGGGGUUGUGAGCACCAGUGUGAGGUCUAGAAGGCCGGAUGGACAGUGCACAGUCACUGAGGUGUAAAUCCAGAGCCAUCCCAGCCCCCGUCCUCUCCCUCUAAAUUCUCUGUCCACGCUGGCAUUGCACUUGAACCUAGCAGUGUGUCUGGUGGGAGGGUGGGGUGAAGGGGAGAAACAGAUUUGGCCUCUUUAACUUAAGUCUCUUAACCUGUCUCAGCUGGAAGACUCUUAACUGUAGGGAACUGGGUUGUCCUGUUAGUGGUUUGAAAGCUGCUUAGCAAUGCUCAGUUUCCUUGGCAGUGUCUUGUGUUUCUUUUGUAGCAUUUUCCCCCCUCCAGGAUACUCAGUCCCCUUUUGGCCAAUGUAUAUCUACUGUACAACUUGAAUUGUCUUCAUUACCUGACUGUUGCAUUAAGUGUCUUAACUGCUUUCUGCAUGGAUUGAUGUCUGAAAAGAAGACUAAAGCAGUGUGGGAGAAGGCAAGAUGUUGGGUGUGAGCAGGAUGCUUAAUUUAAUGUGAGAAAAAUAGAUGUGAGUUUGGAGUUAAAAAUGUGUUUUUACUAGACAAGAGCAAUCAUUUACCUUCCUUCAGUGGAAAUGUCAAACAAACAAACAAACAAGCUGUUAACUUCUGUUGCAAAUUCUUCCCUAGACACUCUUCAUGGCAUUUUUCACUGGCUUUGCCAUCUAGUCCUUGUAGUUUUGUUUUUUGAGGUCCUUCUUGAUCUGUCUCGUUUUUGUUACGGAAUUUAUAAUUUAAUAAAACUACAUUUUAUCAGGAACAACCUCAGCUGUGGCUCCACUUUAAUUCAGCUGUACUGGAGGGACUUUAAGGAAAACUUAGCAUAAGCCAGCAGGGCAAGAGAGGGGAUUCUGCCCCUUUAUUCUGCUCUUGUGAAACCCCACCCUCCAAUACUGUGUCCAGUUCUGGUGUCCCCAGCAUAGGAAGGACACAGAGCUGUUGG